GUGGCUCCUACCGCCUAUGACCACAUGGCACAUGCAGCGUGCCGUGCAACACCUCCACCAAACUCACAGCGAGUGUCCCUGUACAUAUUGUGAACCAUCAUGGCCGAUGCGAUACCCGCGAAGCUCAAGUCGCUGCAGCUUGCGUCGUUCGCGAAAAGGGCGGCGCAGCUCGAGCGCUUCAGGCCCAUCGUCACAUACUGGUUGCGCUUCCACAUGGUGCAGAAGAUCAUCAGCUCUGGACUACACUCGGCUGACCCAGAAUGCACCUCCUACACCACCGACCUGAUGGAGAAGCUCGAGCAGGCCAAGGCAGACAUGCCUGGCGAAGACGCGCUGCUGGACGAUAUCGCUGCGAGCGCAUACUGCGAACAGUUCGCCCUGCAGACCUUGGGGAAGGGCGACAAGGAAAUGACAGAGAACACGGUCACAGCCGCCACCGCGGACACGCUCAUGGCCGCGUCGACAUUCCUUGACGUCCUCGGUGUAUGGAAGAAAGACGACCCGGAGAUAGCUUCGAAGACCAAGUACGCCAAGUACCACGCUCUGCGCAUAAUCAAAGCCAUCAAGGCUGGCGAGGAUCCGAACGCGACCAAUCCUGUGCGAGAGCAGGAGCAACAGCCACCAACGCCGCCUCUGCUUGACCCAACCGACCCAGACGUCCAGCGCAUCAACCAGAGCACGUCACAGCCACCCGCCCCAGAUACGUACCAGCCUUACGUGGAGUCAGCGCCAAACACAGAUGCGCAGCCGUCACCCAGUUUCUCAGCGCCAAAGGUAUCGCCCCCGCCAAACUUGCCCACAGUACCUUCCGGAUACACAUCCAACGCACAUGACGACGUGUCUCCCAUCUCUCAGCCAGCAACGUCCCGCCAGGGGUCUGUGGUAUCAGUUGGGGGCGGGUACUUUCCAAGGACAGACGCACCACCGACGUUUACCUCGGACAACACUGCCCCUAGCCUGCCAACAGCACCCUCGAUCGUUGAUGACCCCUUGACGAGCUCCCUGGGCAAUCCAGAUGUCGCGAUGGGGUCAACACCGCAAGCGUCUGGAGUGCCUGACCCGUCCGCUUUCUACCAGAACCCUGCAUCGCCUCCUCUGGUGACGCAACCACCGCAAGCUUCUCCACUGAACCCGUAUGCAUCGCCACCCCAGCGACCACAGCAACACUUCCCUGCACCAUCGCCUCAACCCCCUCAGCAGCCGUACCACAUGCCUCAGACCAUUGCGCCCUCUCAGCAGUACUCGUCAGCGCCACGUCAAAAUCCCUCUGCUCAAUUAGCAGCCCCGCCGCCACAAGUAGCCUCGUCGUCGGGCACCUUCCGAGACGACGAGGAAUCGAUCAGGCAAGCGCAGAAACAUGCCAAGUGGGCCAUCUCGGCGCUGAACUUCGACGAUGCGGCUACUGCAGUCAAAGAAUUACGAAUCGCUCUGCAGGCACUGGGCGCACAUUGAGUGGGAUUUUUCUCAGCCCACCUGUCUCUACACCGUCGUUUCGCUGCAUAUAUAGAGAAGCUGCUUUGCUGUAUACCCCUGAUAUCGUAUAGAAUAUAUUUUGAGGCUAUAACACGAGAAGGAUCUUCAGCAUGGGGAACUUGGGGUGACGUGUGCCCUCUUGCUCGCCCUGAGCAACGGUCGCAACGUGGCAUUCCCUGUCAUCGGC